CAACAAUAUGUACAAUGAUAGAAGCAAGGUUUUAUAUUUUCUUACUUUGAAAUUUAGACUUCUAAUCUCGAAUAAUAUAAAGAAUGUUUCUGCUUAGACUGAUACUUGUCACAUUACCAUUUGUGAGGUGCACAUUUGGAAGAGUAAUCAUUUCGUCAAAGUAUGCACCAGAAGAAGAAGAAAAUCGAAGUCUCAAUGAAAUAUUAUUCACAGAUGGAUCACAAUCUUUUGGAACCAGUAACAAUAUGAUAAAGAUACUAACAAACGGAAUCUCAGAUGGAAGCCGAUCAUUCCAAGAACAAGACGAGGACAACUCUUCACCAAAACGAACCAAACGAAGGUUCCAUCCUACUCUGGAAGACUCAAACAACUGGAGAGCGAACAUCUACUCCAUCCAAAGUCCGUAUUUCGUUUCGAUCAACGAAUUCGAAGACAGCAAUCCCAGCUUCGACUUCAAAUACAACUAUUACAACAGCGUGGACAUGCAAAAAAACACCACAGAAAGGAUGAAGAGAACUUCACAACUCUCUAUGAAUUCGGACAAUUUGUCUGAUCUAGAAAACGUCAAACCAAAGAAGCCUGUUUGGGACGUGACCGACUUCAAAGCAACAAAUGGAAAAAAUUCUAGACCGUCGAGAGCUUCGAAAAGAGAGCUGGCACCAGGAGAUGCUCCAUCGCCAUUCUUCAUUCUGGAAGACAUUGAAGAGAGCGAGAGCUCCAAACACUUAACACAGCAGUACAUGGAUAGGAAUGAAAUUCCACCUGUUCCAUUUAUGGUGUCGACUUCAACAAAACCUUCGAAAUGUGCUUGGGCAAUCUUAUCGUGCUGUUCGACCACAUCGGAAGAGCUGAACCAUAAAUGUUUCAGAGAGAUGGAAUGCGAGGAGAAAUACUGGAAUGUCAAUAUUUGUAGCGAGGAAUUUAAGUCAGUCGCCAUCUUGACAGCCUACAAAUAUUACAACGGCAAUAUUAACAAUAUAUUAUGAAAAAAUAGGCAGCAAUCUUAACUUGUUUAUUAUAUUCUAUUCAAUUGGUGGAUAUUGAAUAAAAUCUAUUAAUAAGAAUGAUGUAAAUUGUGUUAUAUUUUUGUAAAUAUAUUUAUUAUUCAUUAUAUAUUCUCCUCAGUUCAUCAUGUAAUAUAUAAAUUAUAUAUUUCACACCUU